AUGUUGGCCAAUGAUCAAUCUACGUUGGCAGAUCAAAGUUCAUUUGAAAGAUUUGAAUUCAACUUUCCAAGUAUGAUGGAGUUAGAAAUACAUGAAGAAGAUAUGGUGGGAGAAUGUCUGGUUAAUACCAAGUUUAGAAUUCCACCGUUUAAAACGUGUAUGAGAUAUACCAUAAAAGGAAGAAUAGUGCCGUUUCCUGACCUAUUGAUGAACUUUCUCUCGGAUUUAAGAUAUGAGUUUGAAACGAAUGAAGUUACGCUUGCACGAGACAUGAUAUAUAAGACUAGGAUGAGUCUAACUGGUGAAGCAUCAGAAUGGUUUAUGGAGAACAUGGCAAGGCUUAGAAACAUGGGCUGGAUGGGAGUUCCUUGGUAUCUUUGUUGA